AUGAAUGUUCAAACACUAAGUCUUACUCUUCCGAGUAGUCAAAGUAAUCAAAAACCACAUGUACAUCAUUUCCCAUUAAACAAUCAACGACAUCAUCCAACAUUAUCAUCGCACAAUGUACAAUCAACAACUACAGGGAACAGUCUUAAACCUAGACCUUAUCAUUUAAAUGAUUUUGCAAAUAAUCAAUUCUUUAUUGCUAAACGUAAAAUCGAUGAAGCUUUUCGUGGACAACAACCACAACUAAGAAAUGCUCGAUCAACAAAUGAUCUUUUGAAUUUAUUUGAUCAACAUACAAGUAGAUCUAAACGACAGGAAAAUAAAAUCAACAAAAUUUCAUCAUUUGAUAAAGAUAAUCAUGUAUCUGUUGUCAACCUUCAUGUGAGUCCACCAUCUUCAAUAACACAACCUCAUGAUCAAUCAUCAAAAGGACUUAUUCGACCUUAUGAAGUUUGGAUCAUUGAUGUUUAUCAAGAAUGGGCAGGCCCAACAGUUGUAUUAGAAGAUAUCUUUCUUCAACUUAAACGUACUUUAACACAAACAGAAUAUUUAACAUUCUAUUCUGCUAAUUGUGAAAAUAUUGAAAUACUUAAACGUUAUCGUGGUUAUUGUGAGCCACUAUUACUUUUUUUUGGAAAUAAUACUCUAGUAUAUAUACAACAUCAUGUAAAUGUACCAAAUAUAGAAAAAGCUAUUGAAGAACAAUUAACGAAUGAAUUACAAGUAAUAAAAGGAAAUUCUAAACGAGAACCUUUUAAUGAUUCAGAAUAUAAUAGUAUUCAACAAACAACUGGAUCAAUUACAACUGAACCUAUGUUAUAUAAAGGUGAAUCAUCAAGUUUACGAAGUUUAUUAAUGAAAACAGCUGAAAAAAUUGAUCAAGAUUAUUGGCUUAAUUCAGAAUCAUAUAAAUUAGGUGUUGCACUUUUUGUAAUAAAACCUGAUCUUGUUGCCGAUGGAAAAAAAGAUCAAAUUCUUGAUUAUUUACGUAAUAAAGGAUUUAUCAUACACAUAAAUGCCGAUAAAUUAUUGAAUAAUGAAGAUCUAAUUAAAAUUUUCAAACCGGUACAUCUAUAUAAUGAAUUUGAUCGUUUUAUGUCAAGUGGUCCAAGUACUUAUGCAAUAGUAUCGAAAGGUUUUACAGGACGAUCAACAUCAGAUGAUCUUCGAUAUAUUAUUGGUCCUCAUGAUCCAGAUAUAGCUAAAGAAACUAAUCCUGAAUCAUUAACUGCUAUCUAUGGAACGGAUGUUCUUUUAAAUGGUUUUUACUCAAGUAGUAACAAUAAUGAAGCAUUAAAAGAAAUUCAUAUUGUUUUUCCGGAAUAUCAACAUCCUAUCAUUGAAGGAAAACCUAUUGAUGAAUAUAUUCAUAAAACAGCAACAUUAUGUCUUCUUGGACCUGUUCAAGUACGAAUGAAAAAAGAAGCUAUUAUUCAAGCAAUUAUUCAACGUGGAUUUGAAGUACGUUAUGAAAAAGUUUAUAUGUUUCGACCCGAUGAACUUGAAUCAUUAUAUAUUAAAUAUCGUAAUGAAGAAUUUUUUAGAACAUUAAUUGAAGCUUAUACAAUGGGUCCAUGUUUAUUGCUCUAUGUAGCUAAAGAAAAUUGUGUUGCAGAUUUUUGUGAAUUUCUUGGACCAUUUUCACGUGAAGAAUUCAGCAAAAUGUCUGGAACACUUCGACAUGAUUUUGAUGAGCCAACAAUACCUGUGACGACAAUUCAUGGUUCGGAAAGUAUUGUUGAUGCACGAAAAGAACUUGAACAAUUUUUUCCAUACCAACAAACACUAACUAUUAUUAAACCAGGUUUAACAUCCAUUCAAAAAGAUGAUAUUCUCAAAAGAUUAAAUUUAAAUGGUUUUAUAAUUAUGAUUAAAGAAACAAGACAUUUAACAAAAGAUGUUCUUACUCAAUUCUAUGCUCGACAUCAAGGUUUACCUUGGUUUAAUGAUUUUAUUCAAUUUAUGAGCAGUGAUGUUUGUGAAGUAAUAAUUCUUGCACGAGAAAAUGCUGUUCAAGCUUUACGUGAAAUUAUGGGUCCUGUUGAUCCUGUACGUGCAAAAACGGAUGCACCGGAAUCAAUUCGAGCAAUUUAUGGUUUAGAUAUAAUGCGUAAUGGUUUACAUGCAUCAUCGAAUAAUAAACAUGCACGUGAAGAAAUUCGUUUACUUUUUCCUGAUUAUGAAUUUAUUAAAAAUAGACCAAUACCAUUUCAAUCAAAUAUUUUAUCAACAGUCGAUACUUCAGUCAUUUUGAAUGAGAAUAAUUAUGGUAUGAUAAUAGAAAUUAUGUAUGAGAUUACUGUAAAUACAUGCUUAAAUAAUAAUGAAAAUGAUGAAUCAGCUGUUUUUAUAACAUUAAUUGGAAAUAAAGCUGAAACAAAAAAAUUUCUUUUACAAUUUGCUGAUAAUACAAUUCAUACUUUACAAUCAAAUCAAACUGAUAUAUUUCAUUUUAUUGAUCAAGAUAUUGGUAUUCCAAAAUAUAUUCAAUUAUCUCAUGAUGGGCGAGGAUUUCCGAAAAAUUGGAUUUUAACAAGUAUUGAAGUCAUAAUCUCAAAUCGAAAUAAAAUAUUCAAAUUCGAUAUUAAUGAAUUAAUCGAUGAAGAAAAUACAAAAAUCAAUUAUUCAGUAACCGAUAUUAAAGAUAUUGAAAGUGUUAGUAAUGGUAAUUGUGCUAUUAUUAUACAAACAGGCAAUGCUAAAUAUGCUGGUACAUUCGCUGAUUGCAGUAUACUCUUAUCUGGUUCACAAGGUGUUUAUGCAUUUCAACUUCGUAAAUCAUUAACAAAUCGAAUACCAUUUCAAAAUCGAUAUCGUGAUAUAUUUCUUGUUGAAGUUGAUGAACAACUUAAACAAAUUGAAUAUAUUGUACUUGAACAUAAUAAUGAAAAUUCUUCACCUGCUUGUUUUUCUGUUGAUCGAUGGCUUUCAAUGGAUUAUUAUGAUGGUAAAACAAAAAUUAUACUUUCAACAGAUAAUGAAAAAUUAUCAUAUAAUGAAAUAGAUCUAUUAGAAAAUCGAUCGAAUAUUAUUCGAUAUGAAAUUCAUAUUGUAACGGGUGUAAUGCCUCAAGCAGCAACGAAUUGUCCAGUGUGGUUAACAAUUAAUGGAACAAGAGGAACAAUUAUCAAUAAAUAUCUUGAAAUUUCUCAAAAUGAAUUAUUUCCAUUUGAACCUGAUAAUCAUGAUCUAUUUAUUUUCUAUGAUGUCGAUGUUGGCGAAAUUGAUAAAAUCAUAUUAGGACAUGAGAGUAUACAUGCUGAACAAGGAUGGUUUAUUCAAUCAAUAUCAAUACAUGUACCAUCGAAACAAUUUCAGAGUGAUAGAUUUAAAAUUAAUAAAUGGUUAAAUUCAAAACGAAUAGAUAGUGUACCAUUAAUUGAAAUUCAAAUACGAAAACCUAUCAAAUGUAAUAUAAAUCGAAAUCUAAAGCAACAACAGCCAAUCUCUAGUACAACAUUAGCUUCAAUUCAUGAUUAUGAAUGCUCCUAUACUGUUUAUAUUUUAACUGAAGACUUUCAAUCCGAUAUGAAUAAACCUGGUAUUUUUAUUGAUCUGUUGAUUGAUGAAACAAUAUCAACUGAUUAUAUGAGAUUAACGACCAAUGAGACAAUUCGUGAACAUUUAGAAAAUAAUACUUUAGGAAAACUCAAAUUAAAUGGAAAAAAAAUUGAAAAAAUCAAUACAAUAAAUCUUCUCAUUCGUGCACCCGAUCAAAUAACAUGUUGGUUACCUCGUUAUAUUCUUAUAAUUAUCGAUGAUACUCAAGAAAUAUUUCAAUUUAACAAUUCAAAAUCGCUUCAUUAUUCAAAUAGAGAUAAAUUCGAUGCAAUUACCAUUCGACUGGGUGCAAUUCCUCUAGAAUUAUCACAACAAAUCGAAGAACAAUUGGAAAAUAUUAAACAACUCUAUAUAAAUGAAACUGGAAAAACUGUUAUUGAUAAACGCAAUGCAAUUUUGUAUGAAGAAUGA